AUGGUCUGCCUCGACGGGAAGCCCAUCGGAGCGAUAUCCGUUACGCCAUCGCCGGUCAACGGGCAUCGCACAGGCGAGAUGGGGUACGUGCUCGCGUCGGAGUACUGGGGGAGAGGGAUCGUUACAAAGGCGGUGAACAUGGCUUUGAAGGCGGUGCUUCAGGAGGUGGAGGGGUUGGAGAGGGUGGAGGCACUGGUGGACGUCGAGAAUGCGGCGUCGCAGAGGGUUUUGGAUAAGGAGGCGGGGUUUGUGAAGGAGGGGGUUUUAAGGAAGUAUGGGGUGCUCAAGGGGGUCGCUAAGGAUAUGGUAAUGUUUAGUUUUUUGUCUAGCGAUCCUUUGUGUUAGAGUACUGAUGGAGUGGCGUGGUUAUUCUGUUGUGUAGAUUAUUCUGUUGUAGAUUAAAUAGUCUUUCUAUUCAUGAAUUGUGUAGAUUAUUCUGUUGUAUUUGGUUUGUUUGGUUUGCACUUGAAUUGGACGUAUUUGCUUUCUUUUUGUUACCACA